AAUGAAAAGAUGUGCAUAAGAAUGUUAAGCAAAGAUAAAGAAAUAAAGAAUAUUUGUAGUAAUUUCGUUACAAGAAGAAACAAAGUCCAAAAGAUAAAAAAGUUUGUAUUUUCAUCAACAGAAAUAGCAAUAUAUGAUCAAUGGAUUGAGAAGGUUCAUAAAAGGGAACAUAUAGCAAAGAUUAUUACUGAUGUUCUUUUACAGGAGAUAAGAUUUAAUGCACUUCGUAAAAUUUUUAGAGGUUCUGAAAAUUCUUUUAUAGAAAUUAUAUCCUAUUUGAUUGAUACUACCAUGUACCACCUACCUGUAGAAUGCAAUAUUGAUGUAACAAAAACCAAGCAAAGAUGGGAGAAGCUUGUGUAUUUUGAGAGUGACAAGUGGAAUGCCAGUGAUAAAAAAACACCUGAUGAUCAUAAUAAAUUAGCACAUCUUUGCCUUGAUGGAUAUGAUGAAAUUUCAAAAAAGUAUAAAAAAAAUAUUUUGUAUAAAAAUUAUAUAGAAUUUGGUGUCAAUGUUGCAGCUAAAGCGAAAAUACCCUUUAACAUGGAGUCAGUUAAGGAAAUUGAAGAAUUUGUUCAUGCCUUAUUAAUUUUACGGAAUGGAGUUAUUGUGAACUUGCAUUGUCUUGUCAACAGUUUUCAGACAAGAUCCAGGAAGGUUAGUGAAAGAAGCUCUUCACGUGAUGCUGGAAGAUUAAAUAAGAAAAAAAACGGAGAAUUGAAAAAAG